GUAGUAUUAUUAUUUCUGACCUGAGCAAUAUGUAAACUGCGCAGGGGGGUGGCCUGUCAAGAAACAUUGGGCUGCAAGCCCAUGGGUGGGUUAACAGAGAAAUGCAUGACGGUACAAAUAAAGAAGGAUUUAAUCUUACUGACACUACAUGCGCUGCCUUAAAGCUUCACUCGGCUUUCUUCUGAUCGCUGUUAACGCGCGGCGGCGGCAGCUGGCCAGCGGUGCUUGAUGAUACCGGCCUGUGCGUUGAUUUCUGCAGAGACUGUCGCGUUUCAUGUCACUUUUCAAUUAAUUGUAGUUAUAUAAGUGGCUUAAGAGGACUGACUUGCUUGUCCGACUGAUAAAAGUAAAAAUGUGCGCCGCAGUUUAUGUUUUAUCUACGGUUACCGGAUACGUGCUCACCUCGGCGUUAUUGCUCAAGUGUCCGUCUCUGCUGCAUCGGCGAAAGAAAGAAGCCUUCCGGAGCAGACACAUCUCACACCGCGGCGGAGCUGGUGAGAACUUGGAGAACACAAUGGCAGCCUUCAGGCAUGCUGUUCAACUGGGCACUGACAUGUUGGAGCUGGACUGUCAUUUGACCAAGGAUGAGCAGGUGGUGGUGUUGCACGAUUCCAACCUGAAGCGGUCGACUGGAAUUAAUGCAUACAUUUCAGAUGUGGCUUAUGCUGAUCUUCCACCUUACCUUUGUAAGCUUGGUGUGUCUUUCAAACGAGAGUGCUACUGUGAAGGAGGAGAUGACAAACGCAUCCCUCUGCUGAGAGACGUGUUUGAAGCUUUCCCAAAAACCCCUGUAAACAUUGACAUCAAGGUCAACAAUGACACUCUCAUCAAGAAGGUGUCCGAGCUGGUUGUCCAAUACAACAGGGAGCAUCUGACCGUCUGGGGAAACUCCAGAAACGAAAUCGUUAAGAAAUGUUACAAAGAGAACCCACAAAUCCCAAUCUUGUUCAGUUUGCCCAGAGUGCUGCUGUUACUCGGUCUUUUCUACACAGGCCUCCUGCCCUUCGUCCCGCUUAAGGAACAAUUCCUGGAGAUUCCCAUGCCUUCAAUAAUUUCCAAACUCAAAGAUCCUGAGCGUCAGACACGGAGUCAGCGUUUCAUAAUAUGGCUGGCAGACACGCUCCUCAUGAGAAAAGAAUUAUUCAAUCAUCUGACGAGCAGAGGAAUACAGGUGUAUGUCUGGGUGCUGAACGACGAGGAGGACUUUAAACGUGCCUUUGACCUUGGGGCUACAGGGAUUAUGACAGACUAUCCCACCAAGCUAAAGGAGUUUAUAGAGAAAAACAACUACACUCUUAAAUAAGACUUGUCAGCCAAAGUACACAAUGAAUAUCCUUUUCCACUGAUAUUUGGCUUCUAAAUGGGCCUUUUAAUUACCCAACAUUCUUUGAUGUUUAUGUCUAUAAGUGUAGAAGUGGCAGCUAUCAGUUCUGCAUUGAUCUGAAAUCAGCGUCAGAGCCAUUUUAAACCAAACAGGUUGUCAUAAAAUACUUCUGUUGCUUUAAGUCCAUAGCAAUACAUGUUAUCCAUAAAAGGCAGGAGGCUUUAUAAGAGGCUAAGGUUAUGAUGAGUUAUCAAUCAUGUUGGGAUGGUGUCAUGAUCAUCAUGACAUUUCUAUGAGGUUUUUUCUACAGGCACUUUCAUUGUAUUUUUAGUACAAUGUGAGGAUGUAAAUCCCACCAGUACUUGCUGUGCGUCAGUUUCUGCAAUAACACUAAACUCACUAAAGAGUCAACUGUCUAAAUUUCGAGACCGAAGCUACUGAAGUUUUUCCAGGGCACUAAAAAUAAAUACUAGUUUCAGGGGUGUACUAUGGGAUUGUUGAUCAGAAGGCAUUCAGUAUUUUCAUGUUUACUCUGUGGUUUGAUUUGACAUGUAUAUUUUGUUUUUGUGAAUUUGUUUCUUUUGACAAUAAGAGAUUAUGUCAAUUUUGAGAUAAGUUGUGGCUGAAAAGAUGCCUCACUAUUGCUUGAAGUGUUAAGUGUAGUUAAAUAUAUGACCAGUCAGAAGUUUUAACACACCAACUCAAUCUUCAAUGUUACUAUGUCAGCAUUACUAUGUAUAAUAUUAAAGGAAGUAUUGUAAUUAUGUACCAUUAAAAUUUAAAAACAUUUCAUACAAGAGAAAGCUUAUAUUUUGAGCUGCUUCAAAACUUGUUUCUGCUUUCAUUUAAUAUCUAAUCCAACUCAUAAUGAUAAUAAUAAUACAAUAAAUAUUAGGUAAAAUUUGUAACCAAUUGCAUGCAUAGGGAAACUUAAUAUUUGUCUUUAAAAUAAUUUUCAUGUAUUCAAGCAAUAACCUUUGGGUCAAAAGUUUUUGUUGUCAUGAAAAACAAUGUCAGUCGAGUGUGUCCAAGCUUUUGACUGGUUAUGUAUAUUAUACACUGAUGAAAUAAGUUGUGUUGGACUAUAAAAAGGGUCACAAACAAAUGUAGUGUAUAGUGUUCAUGUGCCAUUUGAAUGUACUUUUGCUAGGACAGGAAAAGGGUUUAUCUUUAAAAUGCUAGUGGUUUUGCUGUAUUGAAAGGGAGACGGUAAACAGAAACAUUUUUUCACUCUCUUAAGGAAAAACAGAAUGCAUUACAAACUGACAUGACAGUAACUCACGCCUGAACAGAAUUAAUCUUAAGACUUUUAGAUAAUCGAGCAUUUGUGGAAUUCAAAUUUUUCCCUCUUUUGUGACGUGUAUACAAGUACAGUAGCUCUGUGCUGUGUUUAAUUUUCUAGUUCAUAUUUUCUCCAAGCCACUUUCAAUGGUUGUGUAUGAAUUCAGUGCACUGUUUUAUUUGUAAAUGAUGGUACUGUAAUUCAAAGGUUAGUUAUUAUAGAGAAUAUUUGGUAUCAGAAGCACAGUUCUGCUUGGAUUUGUGAAUAUACUGUCAAUGAAUAUAUUUUAUAAACAAAUUUAAACAGA